CCCAUCGCUCGACUUUCUGAAUUAUUCUCUUGAAGAUGGAGUUUGGGGAGAGGAAGAGGAGGAGAAAGUCGCAAAGCUUCAAACUGGUCACGGAUGAAGAUUUCGGCUCUUUAUAUGGGGUAAAUUCCAGCUGCAGAGAUGCCAAUGGUCAGAGUAAGGAUGCUGCUGUGCCUCAAGUUUGGAUGGGCGACGAGAGCACGGAAAUCAAGAAACAAAUCACUGGAAUGAUGAGGCUCCUGGGUGACAAGACUGGCAGAGUCUAUCAGCGUUCGGGUGUCGAGCAGAACAGCUCAAAAAACGAGCGCCAGGAUCGCCAACUGAACUGUGUGCACAUACCUCCAAUUUUACCUGCUGUGUCAGAAGACCGCCAGUGCCAAAGCUGGAGCUCUCCAGGAGAGCCAGAGCCUCCACCCUCAUCCGAAUCAACGUCAAUCCCUAAUGGUCAAGCCUGCAGCCAUUACAGUACCCACUCCAGGACUGUCAACACCACAAAGGAUUUCAUGAAACCCAGUGAAACAAAAGAUGAGCUCCGUCCUGCUGUGCCAGAAAUCUCCUGCUGCAUGUGUAACUGUAAAGGCACCCUGCAGGCGAUAUUGCACGAGCUGCGUGCGAUGAGGAGGCUGAUGCAGACUCAGAAAGGUACAUGUGAAAGGAGGGAACACGCUAAAUCGUCAUGCCAGCCUCACAUCAGCCUGAGUUCUUCUCCGCUCCGCGUCUCUCAGAAGAGAAGACCAGUUUAUAAGGUGGCUCCACUGAGUCUCUGUGGCACCGGAAGAACAGCUCCUUUUUCUCCAAGGGGUUCAACUCUGAAAACUUCACCCCCAGAAGCUGCAAAGAAAAAGGAAAGCGAGAAACUUGACUCAUCUUUGAUCUCCUGUGAUGUUUCUGAGCCGCCAUCUAGGAAUGAUCAGAUAGCAGAUUCUGGCACACACAGUCCUCUUCUGAAUGCCCUGGGUGGACAUCAGGCAUUAGAGUCUGACAUUCGCCUUGCGGAGGAUUUUGAUGUGUUUAUCUCAAAGGCCCAGCUAGACUCCAUUUUGGUCAACUAUACACGCUCUGGCAGCCUGCUGUUUCGGAAACUGGUGUGUGCCUUCUUUGAUGAUGCUACUUUGGCCAAUUCUCUGCCAAAUGGCAAAAGAAAGCGAGGGCUCAAUGACAACCGUAAGGGCUUGGACCAGAACAUUGUGGGUGCUAUUAAAGUAUUCACAGAGAAAUACUGCACUGAACACAGAAUAGAGAAGUUGCCUGGACCACGAGACUGGGUACAGAUCCUUCAAGAUCAGAUCAAACUUGCCAGAAGAAGGCUGAAACGAGAUGCUACAGAUGCUGAGGAAAACUCAAAUGAAGCAUCUACAAGUACUAACCUCACAUGAAUCUGCAUACAACUGCCUGGCUUUCACACACAUAUUUACAGCAGGGUUUUAUUUUUAACAGGCUUGAAAGUGAUGAGCAGAAAUGGUUAAACAUGGCUGAUUUCAUCAGCUGCCACUAUUGCCUGGCAGAAGAUCAGUUUAUCUUUAAUAUUUUUCUGGCUUUAUUCAUUUGUCCCCCUUUAUAUUAGUGAUCAACAAUUUGAACUGCACAACAAAAGGUAACAGAAUGAUCAAAGUGAUUAUCUGCUAUCAAUAAAUUACACAUUGUACAUAUGUGCCUUCUGGGGUUUACAUCCAGGCACAGACUAAACCACCUGCUGAGUCAAUAUACAGAAGAGGUAAAGAAAACUGAAAAAUGACCUGCAGUUAAAACCAUAGAAAUGAAAAAGACUUUCAUCUGUUUUUAUUACUGGUUCUAAAAAGGAUAAGAAAUGAAAAAUACAAAGUAUAUAUAAAAUGUUAUACAUUUAUUGUCAAGAGACCAUAUCUUUUAAGAUGUUUUCUAUUGUGAAUUGUGCCUUUUAAGUGACCAAUACUUCAGUGGGUGUAAUGUGCAGUGCAUCAUCCACCUUGUUUGUAAAGCAUAGUAUUUAAAUGUGAUGUAUUUUUAGUACAUUUUUGGAAUUAAAAAUAGACUA